GACUGGCCGACGGUGCAAGACCCUGCAACACUUACUAGCCUGCGAGUGUUGCUCUGGUGGUGUUGAGGAGCUGUGUGCGCUCUUUCUCCUUCCUCCCUCUUACUGACUACGGAUCUACCGGUGGGAGUUACUGUGAAGUGCUAAGUAGCCGAGUGCUAUAUGUGUGUGUGUGUUUUAAGUGCGAUUGGUUGCCGGAUAAAGUGUGGUUUUUGGAGGGGGAUUCUGGUUCGACGAGAUUAAACUGUUAAACUACAUCGUUCGAGUUCGGUGAAGUGUUUAACCAUCCCAGGAUGGCGCUGGUGUUGGCGAGUGUGCUGGCGUUGUGUGACGGAGUCGCCCUUUCUCCUCUCCAUCUUCUCCACCAAAACGACCAACUAAUGAACCAGGAUCAUAACGACAUCAGCAUACAGCACCCCAACCAUAAGUUCUUCCGCGCUAUGGUUGACCGCAAUCAUGAACUGGCGGCGGUGGAGACACAUCGGGUCGAGUUAGGCCCCGUCACAGACGUGGGACGAGAAGGAGAGGAGUCGAACUUCGACGCUGGUGCUAUGGAUGUCCUCAAUGUUAAAACACCAAGAGUUGAGCAUCAUCGUUCGAUCACGCCAACGUCAGACUACAAAAAGGUUUCUUUUCACGCCUUUUCCCAACCAAAGCGCCUCCAACAGAAGCCUCUCAAGAGGCAGAAGCGCUUCAUCAUGGAGAAAGACUUGAGGUCCUUCGUGGUACCUCUAAGUAUUUUCAACUACUUGGGCUUCCUACCUGUCCGCGUGCCCGGCCUGCCUUACCACAGUGAGCUGCCUUCACCUGACUACAGCUACUACGAAACCACCUACGAUAUAAAGACACCGUACAGGAGAAAACGACGCUUCCUGUUCUUCUAAGACGGUUUUAUCGUGGAAGAAAUACAAAAUAUCUGUGUAUACAUCCCUUCGGAGUCCAGGGACGCGGGUUCGAUCCCAUUGUAUGACUAAUAUUGUAUCAAAGAUAUCACCUUAUGAUUUCAUUAUGUAUAUAAUUUGCUUUUACUCUCUAAUACUGUAAUUAGUUCUAAGGAACAUAUGGGCCAAAAUAUGUAUGAAGUGCUUAAAAAAAGCUGUAAUGAUUCAAACAAGAAUAUUUUAUUGAAAAAAGUUGAUUAAACAUAAUGCACAAGUUGAGGAUAGCCGGAGAACCACAGGCUGCCACCACUUGAACCUUUAGCUAUAAACAUAUGAUCGAAAAAGAUAUUAAAACGAACAUAAUUGUAGCUACAUAAAUAUGUGCCAAAGGAGCGACAAAAUUUAGUUUGAAAAAGUGGAAAAUAUUACAUUUGUUGAAAAUUACUGAAUUUGUUGAAAAAUAUAAAUAUCGGACACAGAUCACAGUAGCCACCUCAACGUUGCUUCCUGUAUGAAUGGGCUCCACUGGUGACAAAAUUACAAUAUAUUAAAGUGGGUUCCAAUGGAAAUAUAAUUCUGACACGUUGAAGUCGCUUCCAGAAAUAGCAAAAAUCGAAGACAAGUGGAAACAAGAUUCUCUACAGAUUAGGCUUCUUCAACAAUGAUACCGAGUUUGAGAGGCUAGCUGUCUGUGUAUUGAUGAGAGGUGUAUGCCUGGGUGGGAGAGUAUAAUCAUGGGGGCACAUGGGACGAGCUCCCACCAUCAUCUGAGCACGUAUACCAGGAACACGGAGCUACGGGCUGAGAGAGACGACCUACAGGCUGAGAGAAAGAGAGGACCUACAGGCUGAGAGAGAGGACCUACAGGCUGAGAGAAAGAGAGAGAGGACCUACAGGCUGAGAGAGAGAGGACCUACAGGCUGAGAGA